AUGAAUUACUUGUCCAAAUGGGCCGAGGCAAUUCCCCUCAAGAGUGUCCCCAGGAUAGCAGUAGCUAACUUUGUUCAACGUGACAUCAUUUACCGAUUCGGUGUGCCUGACCGUAUCACAUCAGAUAAUGGUCCUCAGUUUAGAAGCCACUAUAUCGAUUGCUUAGUUAACCAGUUUUGUUUUGAGUGGAAGUACUCUGCUAUGUACCACCCACGGGCAAAUGGUUGGACCGAAGCUUUCAACAAGACUCUUUACAGUGUUCUAAGGAAGUCAGUGUGUAACAUAAAGAAAAAUUGGCAUGAGAAGCUUCCUGAGGCCUUGUGGGCUGAUCGCACCACCACCUGGAGUGCUACUGACUCUACUCCCUAUUCAUUGGUUUAUGAGAGUGAAGCGGUACUACCCCUCGAGAUUCAACUCCCUUCGCUGUGCAUUGCCGUAUAUCUGAAUAUGACCGAACAUGAACAAGUUAAGCUUCGCUACUAA